CUCCCUUCAUCCCCACUCGAUUCCGUCCCCGCUCGCCGACGCCAUCGGUUCGAUCGUUCCCCUGCCGUCGAUGGCGACGCCUCAGAAGAAGAAUCAGCAGCAGCAGCCGCAGGGCGCGGUGGCGGUGCAGCACGUGGCGAAGGCGUCCUCGGACGAGCUCCUCCGCAAGUUCGCCGACCCGGACGCGCGCCACCUCGCCACCCCGCCCCGCCGCAGCCUCGCGCUCCGCCGCAAGCGCUCGUCCCGGCGCGUGGCCUCGGGGCUCUCCGCGCGGGACUCCGACGCCGCGGCGGCGGGGGCCAGCGAGCUGGCCGCGCCCAAGAGGCGGCGGAGCAUCGGCGGGUCGGCGGACUGGAGGGCGGGGCUGCUCCUGCCGACCACCACGGCCGCUGCCUCCGCGCGGAAGGCUCAGGCACGCCGGGGCGGGGCCUCGCGGCUCGAAGACGCCGCGGGCAUUGGCCUCAUCCUCGCCGCGCUGGAGCGGACGUGGAGGAAGACGGUGGCGGGGGCGUCCAAGAUGUUCGUGGAGAGGCACCGGACGAACCACGUCCUGCUCAUCAGCGACAUGGUCUGAGACUCUUGAAACCAAUCUCGGCCACGCGAUGAUCGAGCCCUUUCGCUCGAUUUGUUUCCUUUGAAAGUUAAUUCGUUCAGUUAAGCAUUCGUUUUAGCAUCUAUGAGCAGAAUAAAAUGGUAGGGAAGAAUGAGGGCGAACUGGCUACUGACCUCUGUGUAGUUCAGCUUCUUCGCUGCCAAUUGUCAGUGUGAUUUUUCCGUGUGUUCUUUUUCUUAUUUUUUUUCGUUUUGCUCUGAUGAAUCAUCGUCUCAGCGACCAUGUUGUAAAUUGAAGUUUGCAAAAUACAUUAUCAAUUGGCUUUACAUCAUUCA